AUGAUUUCUGGGCUGCGACCCAGUCUUGCGCGCGUCUCAUCGCGCCGACUGGCGUUGAGCCUGCGUGUUCAGCAAUGUCAUCUUCACUUUGAUGGCCGGAGCCGUGUGUCAAAUUGUUGGAUUCCUACAGGUGGAAUGUCUAAGAAAUCUGUUGACGGUGAAAACGAGGAUGCAAAUGAGCUUCUUGUUAGAGGCGGUUUUCUUCGACAGGCAUACUCUGGGGUAUUUCACAUGCUUCCUCUGGGGUUACGUGUCCAGGACAAGCUGGAAAGCCUAAUUGACAAGCAUAUGCGCACCCUUGGCGCCUCUAAGGUCUCGCUUUCUUCAUUGUCCUCCGAGGAACUUUGGGAACGGUCUGGCAGAUUGAGCGAGGGCUCCGAACUAUUUCGUCUGAAGGAUCGGAAAGAUACCCCGUUCCUUCUGGCUCCUACUCACGAGGAGGAAAUCACCUCUCUUGUUGGGCAUCUGACAACAUCAUACAAGAGCCUGCCAUUGCGAGUUUAUCAGAUUUCUCGAAAAUACAGAGAUGAAGCUCGGCCGAGACAAGGCCUACUCCGCGGGCGGGAGUUCAUCAUGAAAGAUCUCUACACAUUUGAUUAUAGUGUGAGUGAAGCAUUGAAGACAUACAGCGCCGUAAAACAGGCCUAUGUGGGACUUUUUGAUGAGCUUAAAAUCCCCUAUCUGGUUGCGGCUGCAGAUUCCGGAAAUAUGGGCGGCUCAUUAAGCCAUGAAUAUCAUUUCAUCAGCCCCAAGGGCGAAGACGAUGUGGUCAGUUGCUCGCACUGUGCCCAUGUGUACAAUGAAGAGCUUGCCGAUGGCAAGACACAUAGCUUCGAAGAGACGGAACCGAGCACGUUACCUGGCUUCCAGACCGGCAACGAAGUUGAAGGUGGAUCGACAGUCUCAACUGGCAUGUGGAUGGCCAUUUCUCACGACAGCAACACUAUUGUUCGGGGCUGGUACCCUAAGUUCUCGAUGCAAAAUAGCGCCACGGAGCCUGUUGAACGUCAUGUCAACUCCCAUGCGGUAAAGGCCAUUGCCACUGCCGCCGGUAUUAACCUCGACCUCAGUGUAGAGAACCCACUGCAGAAAUGGACAGCCCAUGUCAAAAAGAACAAAUCUUCCACAAACAAACCACGUGUGUUGGAUCUGUAUGAUUCGCAGGUUCGGGUAUACCAACGGCCACCGCUGAGCGACCUUCUUGAGCAAGCAAGCUGCACGGCCGAUGAAAUUGAGUAUUCGAAGCUAGACCGUUUCCCAGACACCUCGAACAAGCUCAGUCUUGUCCGAGUCCAUGACGGAGAUCAAUGCUCACAAUGCGCGCAUGGAUCGUUGACUAGUCACUCUGCUGUCGAGCUAGGACACACCUUCCACCUCGGAACACGCUACAGCGAAGUGCUCAAUGCAAACGUGUCGGUUAACUCAUCUCUUCUCGAGGGACCAGCCGAAUCUGGUGCGAAGCCUUCUGCCAAGGAGCAGAUCGUUCCCAUGCAAAUGGGAUGUCAUGGUAUCGGCGUCUCGCGCAUGAUCUCCGCCGUUGCGAACAGACUCGCAGACUCCAAGGGACUCAACUGGCCGCGUGUCAUUGCUCCCUACGAGGUAGUCGUGGUCCCAGGAAAGGGCAUGGAAAGUGUUGCUGAUCAGGUAUAUGAUCACCUCACCGCUGACCCCGCGGCACCUGUCGAUGUCAUCCUUGAUGAUCGUGAUAAAGGCAUGGGAUGGAAACUUGGCGACGCGGAUCUGAUUGGAUACCCUGUCAUCGUGGUUGUUGGUAAUGGGUGGAAGAAACAGCAGACCCUCGAGGUGCAGUGCCGCCGGUUGAACGUUAAGGAAGACGUGUCGCUGGACAAUCUACGCACUUUCGUCGAAUCUUUGUUGAUGCAGCUGUGA